UUCUAAAAAUAGUUGCAGUGAUACUUUUGGCUUUUAUUCAACAGCAUGGCACCUGUCAGAUAUCAUUUCGUGCUGUGGCCAUUCAUUCUGAUCGGCGUUAGUAGUCUAGUACCGCGUGGCGAGUGCUUGGACAUAUCUAAGGUUACGCUGGAUACUGCAUUCUAUUCUCUGUUUAGUUGUGCUCGCGAUUUGUAUGUCCCAGAGGAUUUAAUCGAGCUGUACAAGGAACGCAUCUUUCCCGACGAUCAGUUAACAUGCUGCGUGUUCCGAUGUUUUGGAAUGCGGCUUGGUAUCUACGACGACGUCAAAGGAUUUGACGUGGAUAAGCAGUACGAACGAGUGAAAGACUGGCUGUCGGUCGACGAGGACACAUACAAGCGUGGCGUUAAGAACUGCAUCAGGAAUGUACUGCGAGGCCGUACGCUGAACAACUGCGAAAAAGCUUACCUAAUCUUAAAUCAGUGUCAGGGUAACACCAUUACGAAUAGCCUAAAUCAGCAACUUAACGAAAUACGAUGUAAUUAAAUGUGUUUUGAAUUGUUUCUUGUGUGGUUGGUUAUUUCAUUUGUUA